AUGCCGGUCACAAGAUCACAGAAGGGCAAGGCUGACGCAGAGCCGCCAGUCGCCGCUGAACAAGCCUUACCUACGUCCGUCUCCGAAACCAACCGGGAGGAACUGAUCCAGUUUGAACCUCCAGAAAAUAGAAAAGCACCGAGGUCAUCGCGGGCAUCCUCCGUAAAAUCCGACCGCGCCCGUCGAUUGGCCAAGGCUCAAGAAGAGGUAGCUCGCCUGGAAUUAAAAUUAGCCCGCGCCCGUCUCUCCGCCAUCCAGGCCGAAGAAUCGGAAGAGGAAGACAACGACUCCGUCGCCUCAGAAAUGCACGAGUCUCGCGUUGAGACUUGGCUUGAGGCUCAAGCCGACGUUCCGUUAUUGGAAGAGGUACCCAAAACCCUUCCACCUACCGACCCCGUGAAGAAGGAACGUCACCGACAAGCUCAACCACCGCUACUUCGUGAGGUUAAACAAGAACCUACCGCUCCGCCAGCACCCCAGACGACCGUCACCGCCACCGCACCGCCGACAUCCGUCGAUUUGACCGCGUUAGCAUCCGCUAUCGCGACCGCAGCACGCGCCGGCCAUCAUCCGCGAUAUUUAGCGGAACUUCCGAAUUUUUACGGCGCACACUACGAUUGGCUCGCAUUUAAAUCGGCGUACACAGAAACUGCGAGUCAUUUCACCGAAACCGAAAAUAUCGCCAGACUUCGACGGUCAUUGAAAGGAAAGGCUAAAGAAGCAGCCAGCUGUUUAUUGAUAGCGAACGCGAAGGCCGACGAAAUAAUGAGAACGCUGGAAAUGAGAUUCGGACGAGCUGACUCGAUUGCUUUGUCCGAAAUCGAGAACCUACGAAGCCUAUCCAAGGUCACCGACUCACCGAGGGAAAUCUGUAUCUUCGCCAGCAAAGUGCAAAACAGCGUCGCUACACUCCGCGCACUUGACCGGACACAGUACCUGUAUAAUCCAGAGAUUGUCAAGUGCAUCAUCGAAAAACUUACCUCCGUUCUCCGUUACCGCUGGUUCGACUUCGUCGCCGAAGACAGCAAGGAUGAACCAGACCUAGUGAAGUUCAGCCGAUUUAUUCAGCAGGAAGCUGAGAGAUGUGGCAAAUUCGCGCCACCCGAAUCCGUCUACAAUGAAGAAUCGUCGCACAGAAACAGAAGCCAGCGGACCUUCAAUAUCGAAGAGAAAAGAAAGGAAGCGAAGAAACCGAAAUGCCCGAUAUGCAAGAACGAGCAUUUCGUCACCGACUGCACGAAAUUGAAGGAAGCCGACAACAACAGCCGCUGGAAGUAUGCAAAGGACUUCAAACUUUGCUUCCGCUGUCUACGCUACAAAGCUGCAGAUCACAGCUGCAAAACGAAGUCGUGCAUGGUACGGGGCUGCCAGAAGACACACCAUCCGCUCCUACAUUAUGAUAAAGCACCGAAAGCCGAAAAGAAAACCGAAACCGUUGCCUCUACCAAAUCACGCACGAGACAGGGCCACGCAUACUUGAAAAUCAUCCCAGUUCGUGUCUCUGGCCCUAAAGGCUUCUACGACACUGCAGCUCUCCUCGACGACGGUUCUACGAUUACCCUUAUUGAUGCCGACGUUGCUGACCGCGUCGGCGCCUCCGGAGUCUCCGAUCCACUUCAGCUGGAAGGCGUAGCUGGAUUGAAGAUAAAUGCUAAUGGAUCACGCAGAGUGAGCAUCACGCUACAGGGCCAGACUAAGGGAUAUCCGAUAAAAGCCAGAACAGUCAAAGGACUUCACCUGGCACCACAAGCGGUGUCUGGAUUGGACCUCAAAGGAUGCCAUCAUCUCCGAGGAGUACAGAACUUCCUUCAGUAUGAAGAAAGAAAGCCGACAGUGUUAAUAGGCCAAGAUAAUUGGCAUCUUCUCGUCGCCCGGCAACUCCGAAGAGGACCGACACACCAGCCGGUAGCCUCACUGACCCCAUUGGGAUGGGUAUUGCAUGGGUCCUCAACAAGAAGUUUAGGAAGAAACGUGCACUACGUCUACAGAGCCGAAGAGAAGCUAAUAGACGAAGAAAUCCGAAGAUACUUUACCAUCGACUCGCUUGGCAUCCAACCCAAGUUACCGAAGAGUGAUCCAGAAGUUCGCGCACUGCAGGUCCUGGAAGCAAAUACAGUGAAGAAGAAGGAAGAUGUCUACGAAACUUCGCUAAUUUGGAAGAAAGAAGAUGUGGUUCUUCCAAAUAAUUUUAAAGGCGCGCUUAACCGACUCUACAGCAUCGAGAAGAAGCUAGACCGCGACACAUCGUUAAAGACCAGCUACGAAGAUCAAAUAAAUAAUUUGAUCAAGAAAGGAUACGCCGAAGAAGCAAAAGAACCUCCGACACCGGGCAAGACUUGGUACUUGCCACACUUCGCCGUUCUACACCCUAACAAACCGGGAAAAGUACGAGUGGUCCUGGACGCCGCAUUCCGCUUCGGGAAUACCUCACUGAACGAUAAUUUAUUGCCGGGGCCAGAUCUACUACAGUCACUACAGGGUGUAUUGAUGCGAUUUAGACAGCACAAAAUUGCAGUCGCCGCCGAUAUCGAAGAAAUGUUUCUCCGCAUAAGCAUCCGCAAAGAAGACCGAGACGCCUUACGCUUCCUGUGGCGUCAAGACCGGCGGGAGGGCCCACCUACCGAAUAUCGCAUGACAACAGUUGUCUUCGGGGCCACCUGCUCGCCAUGCAUAGCUUUAUACGUGAAGAAUUUGAACGCAGAAAGACAUCGUGAAAAAUACCCAGAAGCCGCAUCCGCAAUUGUUAAUAAUCAUUACAUGGACGAUUAUUUACAAAGUUUUCAAACCGUAGAAGAAGCACAGAAGAUCGCCAACGAAGUCGACCGCAUACAUAAAAAGGCAAAUUUUAAUCUGCGCAAGUGGACUUCGAACAACAGCAAAGCAAUACAGAACUUGGAAGAUUCCGCCAAGAUAGAAGAAAUCAAGUUCGACGACGGCGCAAAAGAAGAGAAGAUUUUAGGCCUAAUAUGGCGACCAGCAUCGGACUGCCUAGCCUUCAACUUAAAUUUCGCCCGGGUCCCAGCCGACAUCGUCAAUGGAAAACACAUCCUACAGGAAACGUGGCGCAUUGGGAUUGACUGGGACCAAGAAUUACCCGCAACGCUAGCCAGCACCUGGAAGACCUGGAUUGAAGACCUAAAACAGUUGAAAUCGAUCCAGAUCCCACGAUGUCAUCCGUACUUAAGUAGCGCAACCGAGCGCGAAAUUCAUACAUUCGUCGAUGCCAGUGAAAAGGCAUACGCGGCAGCGGUAUAUUGGCGAGUCAUCGACAGCAGCGGAAACAUCCACGUGUCGCUAAUUACCGCCAAGGCGAGGGUCGCACCGCUAAAAGUCACAUCGAUACCUCGUCUUGAACUCCAGGCAGCCGUCAUCGGAAGUCGACUAGCAAGUACGACUAUCAAAGAGUAUGAUAUUAAACCCGACCGACAGUACUUCUGGUCAGACUCGAAGACCGUACUCUCAUGGCUACGUGCUGGCCCCCGAUCGUUUAAGCCGUACGUCGCCCACAGAAUAGCCGAAAUCGAAGAAACGACUAAUGUCAGUCAAUGGCGAUGGGUUCCUACGUCACAGAAUGUAGCAGACGACGCUACACGCGAUUCACCGAAACAGUUUAAUAACGCUUCGCACAGAUGGUUCACCGGACCGCCAUUUCUACGAGGACCCCCUGAAAGUUGGCCGCAAGAAAAAUCUACGAGUAUAAUCGAAAACAAAACAGAAGAGCGAGUCAACUUAGUGAAGACUAACAAAGUUCGACUUUGCGAGUCGUUACCCGACGUCAACCGCUUCUCAUCGUGGCUACGACUAAUAAGGACUACCGCCUUAGUAUUGUUAUUCAUUCAGAAGCUGCGUGCAAGAAGAGUCUCCGUCAAUUAUAAACGUACAACGAAGAAUAAAGAAAAAGAUCCACAGUGGCCGUCUCCUGCCAGAAAAUCACACGCAAAGUUACACGCCGACGUGUCCGAGCAGAGUCGACUAGGCGUUAUAAUUGAAGUACCGUUUCUGCAGCAUGCCGAGUCGCUCUGGGUGCAAGCUGUGCAAGAAGAGAUGUUUCACGAAGAGAUUGAAGCACUCCGUAACGGCCAGCAUCUUCCGACGAACAGCAGACUAGAUCAUCGUACUAAAUUCACGUUCACCGACGGAAAAAUACGCGUUGCAUCGAGAAUAGCCGCUGCGAACGACAUAACGUUAGAACAAAGAGAACCGGCAGUUUUAGACGGCAAUCACCGAUAUACGAAGCUGUAUCUAGCGUGGAUAAAUGAACAAUUAGCACACGCGGGGAUCGAAACCACAGUUAAUGAAGCCCGCCAGCACUAUUACAUAGUGAGAUUACGUCCGAUUACUCGCACUAUCGUGAAACAGUGUCAGCAAUGCCGCCUAAGAAGAGCUAUACCGACCGAACCUCCGACUGGAAACCAUCCGAGGAGCCGACUUGCUCAUCAUCAACGGCCGUUUACAUUCACAGGGGUCGAUUAUUUCGGCCCACUCUCGAUAACCGUAGGCCGUCAUCACGAAAAGAGAUAUGUAGCUCUCUUUACAUGUCUCACUACGCGCGCCGUGCACUUAGAAUUGGCAGCUGACUUAACCGCAGACGCAGCAAUUAUGGCUCUGAGGCGUAUGAUCGCACGCCGCGGAGCGCCUACCGAAAUAUACUCCGACAACGGGACGAACUUUCACGGUGCCGACCGGGAGCUCCGUGAAGCCGUCAAGAACGAAGCUACGAAGCGAUCAAUCACUUGGCGGUAUAUACCACCAGGUGCACCGUUCAUGGGGGGUGCAUGGGAACGCCUUGUGCGCUCAGUGAAGAACGCCCUCUACCGUAUACUACACGAACAGCACCCGCGCGAAGACGUGUUGCGAACAUUACUAUGUGAAGCCGAGUACAUAGUUAACAACCGUCCGUUAACUCAUGUUUCUACGUCACCUGAAGACGAUGAAGCUCUUACCCCGAACCAUUUUUUGAUCGGUGGUUCAGGCCGAGUGCAGACACCGGGAACAUUUACCAAAUCCGACACCGUGAGCAAGCAACAGUGGCGCCGCGCUCAACUACUCGCAGAUAAGUUCUGGGCAAGAUGGUUACGUGAAUACUUACCAGAACUCCAACACCGGCGGGAGCCCCAUGGCCGGGGAGCUCCUUUGAAAGUAGACGACUUAGUAUUAGUCGUCGACCCCAACUUACCUCGCAAUACUUGGCCCCGAGGGAAAGUCAUCGCAACGUAUCCGGGACGAGACGGAAUCGUUCGCACCGCAGACAUCAUGACACAAGGAGGUGUCAUGCGCAGACCUACGAAAAGGCUCGUCAUCCUACCUACCGAAAAGGGGGUGACAGAACAGUAG